AUGUUUUAAUUUUCUUUCUUGGAAAUACUAUUAUACUUAGUUUUCAUCUUAGCAUUGCUAAUUUGUAAACCAUUAGUUUAAAUGUUGUUAAUGAAGAUGAAAUAUGGAAAAAAAAUGUAUAUGAUAUAUUAUCCUUUUUUUGGAAGAGGGAUUCAUUAUAAAAAUUAGAUCAAGAGAUACAAUGAUAUAAUGCAUUUUGAAAAGAUGAUUUCAUAGGAGAAUCCUGAAGUGGAAAUAAUUGUGAACAAUUCAUUUAUGGGAUUGACCCAGAUAUUUAUAAAACCAGAUCAUAUAAAAUAAAUUCUGUAGAAUUAAGAUUUAUAUAGAAAGGCAAGAAAAGUGUUUUUGUUUGGUGAAAAAAUGUUUUACAAAGGUAUAUUUUUUAAAUAAUAAUUAGGUUUGGUAUUUUAAGAAGGAGAAGAUUGGAAAUUGGCUAGAAAUGUGCUUUCAAAAUCAUUUGAAUUUGAACAGUUAAGAGCAAGAAUACCAUUAAUAAAGAAAUUAUGUGAAGAGAAGUUCUAAUAAGUUUAAGAGAAAGAAGCUAUAGAUAUUAUAAACAUAUCAGGUAACAUUGUUGGAGAAGUGAUAACUCAAUCCUUCUUUAGUUAAAGUUUCAAGAAUAUAAAUGGAUAAACAUUCUUAUCUGAAUUGGUAAAUGUUUUAAUAAGCAUAAUUUCUCAAUAUAGAGUAGCACCAUAUAGAUGUUCUACAAGAGCUUUGAUUUUCGGAGAAUAGGAAUUUCCAAAUUGGACCUUAUCAAAAGUUGAAAUAUAGCUUUUAGCAAGACUAUAAAAUAUCAAAGAUAUCUUGAAGAUUUCAAUUCAAGAAAGAUAGAAGAUGUAGAAUAAACCAGCUGACUUUUUAACAGCAUAUAUUGAUACUAUAUGUAAUAAUUACUUUUAUAAUUUAGAACAAAAUCCAAAAUUAACUGAAGAACAUGCAAUUCAAUAAUAUAUAUUGUUAAUCUUUGCAGGUAUAGAUACAACCAGUAAUUUAUUUGGGGCAUGUUGCUAUGCUUUAUCCGUUCAUCCUGAAUGGCAAAUAAAAUUAAGAGAAGAAAUAAAAAAAUAAUAUCAGACAUAUGAAUAAUUAAACAGUGAAAACAUAAAUAUGUCAAAUUUAAUCACUAAUUUUAUCAAUGAAUGUAUGAGAAUGUAUACUCCAGUACCAUAUUUGAUUGAAAGAGAAGUUAUAAAAGAUCACAAGGUUGGAGAUUACUUUUUAAAAAAGAAUUCAUAAGUUUAAUUGUGUGUAUUAGCAAAUAAUUAUGAUGUAAACAAAUUCCCAAAUCCUUUUAAUUUUAAUCCUAAUAGAUGGAAUACAUAAAAUAUUGAUCCAUUUCUAUUUAUACCAUUUUCAACUGGAAAAAGAAAUUGUAUAGGUUAACAUAUGGCAUUAAUGGAAAUUAAAUGCUUAUUGAUUUAUUUGCUAAUGAAUUUUGAAGUGAAUCUAGAAGGUGAAAAUCAUGUUUGGACUCAGAAAUUUGUUUACACAAUUCAAAAUGAGAAAUUUAUCUCAUUAAAAAGAUUAGCUAAAUGA